CACGGCGGAAGUCGUCAGCACUUUCCCAGCGGGCCCUGGGCUCAGACGGACAGCGAUGGCAGCUCAGGACGGAGCGGAUACUGGUGGAAUGGAAUCUGAAGCUAGCACGGAUGUUACUAUUCAGCAAGAGAAAGUCAGCUGUGGGACUACUAGUGAAGGAGAUUCGCAAUACUUAAUAACCGAACAAAUGGAGAAUGAGGAUUCUCUUCCUCAAACGUCUGUUAGCAAUGGUGGAGAGUCGGAUAUCAGCAAGGAAAUGGUAGAUCUAAAAGUUAUAUGGAACAAAAACAAAUAUGAUCUGAAAGUGCCACUCGAUAGUACAGGAGCUAGCCUGAAAGAAAAGAUUCACUCCCUCACAGGUCUCACUCCUGCCAUGCAGAAGGUCAUGUUCAAGGGGCUGCUCCAGGAAGAUAAAACUCUACGAGAAUUAAAAGUAACAAAUGGCGCAAAAAUCAUGGUUAUUGGAUCAACGAUUAAUGAUGUUUUAGCAGUAAAUACACCAAAGGAGGUUGUCCAACAAGAGGCCAAAGCUGAAGAACCCAAAAAAGAACCUCUAUGUAGGCAAAAGCAACACAGGAAAGUGUUGGACAAAGGAAAACCAGAAGAUGUUAUGCCAUCCAUUAAGGGCGUUAAGGAGCGCUUGCCAAGUGUACCAUUGUCUGGCAUGUACAACAAGUCGAGUGGAAAAGUAAGGUUAACCUUUAAACUGGAGCAGGAUCAGAUCUGGAUUGGAACAAAAGAAAGAACUGAGAAGAUCCCCAUGGGCUCUAUCAAAAAUGUGAUCACCGAAGUUAUUGAAGGACAUGAAGAUUAUCACAUGAUGGCAUUUCAGCUGGGUCCCACUGAAGCUUCUUACUACUGGGUUUACUGGGUGCCUACACAAUAUGUUGAUGCAAUCAAAGAUACAGUCCUUGGAAAGUGGCAGUAUUUUUGAAUGUGCCUCCACCUCUGGCAGUGAAGGACAGACUGAAACCAAAGGACUACAAAAUUUAUUGGAACUUGCUUACUGGAUUAUAAUUCUUCCUCCCAUCCCCCUUCCCAAACAUUGGAAGAUGCUAACAAAGAUAUAGAUUAAAAAAAUAAUGAAGAUCCUCACCAGAAGCUGGAGGUGGUUUGUUCAAUAAAGACUUUACCUGUGAACAACAAAUUAAAAAACAAACACCAUUUCAAAGAAGCAAAACGUCAAAAUAUCCAAGUUCUUCUUUGAGAGCCACAAUUACCUGCAGGUGAUGUGCUAGAAGCAUUUUAUUAAAUCUACUGUAACAUGGAUAACAUCCCAAUUUAGGCUUGUUAAGUAUCCAUUCGGAACAGUGUCUGUAAAACAGUACAGUGGGGCACUACUCAAUGUGCUCCUCGCCUCUAUCUUCAUGUGGAUCCAUUGUACUAUAAAACCAAAUUGUGGAAUAUUUAUUUCUUUGAGCAAUCUUGCAUCACGUGUCUGUUCUCAGGACGUUUCACAAUUGGUUGCCUUGUAUUUAAGUAUCUUCCCAAGUCGUGGGCGAUAUAGUCCAUCCCAAUGCCAACUGAAAAGGCCUAAUCCCAAUUCACAGAUUUGAUCUGCAAACUUGUAAGUGCGUGGCACAACAAAUAUACAUCCAAGUAACUUUUUAAAUAUAAGGGUUUCUGUCAUAAUAUUUAAAUUUCAUAUGCACUCAUGUUUGCGUAUUGCCUCAUUGGCUGUUUUUAUUUCCACAACCAGAGGGAGAGCAUGGAGUAAAUGGUGCAUAACAAAUUCUAUUUGUCUGUGCCUUCUCAUUGCUUUCAAACUAGCUUUGCUAUUUAAUUGCAAAACCUCCUCCCUCCUCCCCUCAGAUUUCACUAUGCAAUUAUGCAGGACCCACUGUACUUCCUCUGAUUUGUAUUUGAGAGCAAAGGAAGCCAUAUUUGGAUGAACAAUAUUACUAUAAAAUAUGUUUUCCUUCUUAACAUAGGGCCGUACCUGUUUAAAGCUGCAUGACCAUUUCCACUUUUGUUUCAGUUUCAUGGGGUUGAGGGAGUUCAAGAGAAAAGGGGUGUAUUGCAGUAUGGCAGUAGAUGAGUUGCAAAGCAUUUUGGCUUUCUCUAGAUGUGAGUUGCACUUUUUUCCUAUUUCUGGAUUGAACUUGUUGGAUCUAAAUGGAUGUCAACUCUACCUGGCAUUCCAAGGUGUUUGAGUUAUUAAUACUUCUGCACUGAAGGAUAUUGAAUUUGUCUCUCUCCAAUUGGCUGUGCUGCCUAUCGGUGUCCUCGUAAAGUUAGUCGUGUGCACAUGGGGCAGGCAUGAACCAUAAAUUAAAGACCAUUGCAUGUUUUUAAAUGUAAAAACUGAACUUUUUUUUCCUUCUUUCCCAAUGCCUGCCUUUGCUGUUUACAGUAAGCACACUUUAGAGAAAUUUGGAAAGGAGUAAAACAUCAAGCAACUUUUCAACUGGCCAUUUUCAAGUGGCCAUUUUCCUGCAAGGCAUCAGAGUUAUAUAGGUUUGCAAUGUGUGCUGUGUAGUUUGGUUGUAUUUGAAUCAAUAAAGUGGGGGAAAGGGUUCUUGUACUGUAAACAAAUCAUCAGAUCAAGCCAUCCAUUCAAUUGCAGAAUUUUCUGACACUAAAUAUUUGAGGGGACAGUGUAAAGGGAGCUUUGCACUGCACCCAACACAUUGGACGCUGUAGAGGAACCUAAUUUUGUAUGUAACUUGAUAUACAUGCCUUGGAGGUAUUUUGGAUUGUGUGGAAAGAGCUUCACUCUGUGUUGUACUAGUACCGAAUACUUGCACUAAUGGCAAUUAAUGGAAUAGUGUGCAGUUUCUAAUCACUGAGAUCCUUACGUGGAUGAGUAUAAAUAGAUAAAUUAAAUGUUGAGUGUUUUGGGAUUUCUGAUAAGUUUAUAGAUCUUAGACCUGAUAACCAUGAAAGGUGCAAUAUUUAAAUGUAAUAUGCCAUCAUUUUUAUAUAAAAAAUAAUCAUUGCCCUGUUCUGAAGUUUUUCAUGGCACAAACUGAUACAGUACUGGUUUAGUGUAAAAGGUCAUGCAGUUUUAAUAACACAUAACUUGCAGAAUGCAUGAUUCAAGCACACUGAUCUUUUCAAAUUAAGGAAGUUGACUUGGUUUUAGAGUUGUAUUGCUUCCAAUUUUAGUGCUGACCAUUAGUUAGCCCAUUGUUUAAUUCUGAAAACUAGUCUUUAUUGCCAAUUAAAGUUUGUUACUUUACA